AUGAUGCGACUUAGUGACAACAUUCAGAAUAUGGGUAGGCUUAAUAAGGAAGACCAAGCCCUAGAAGAAACCAAGGAGGAGAAGCCAACAAGUGGUGGUGAUUACAUCGCCACCACCGAUGAUAAAUCUGAUAAAGAGAAAUCUAUUAAGGAGAUCUUUGAUGAUCCUCUUCAUUUUGAAGUCUUCACUGCAAGAUGUCAUGAUACGGGAGAGUCAGCUAGUACUGAGAAUGCCAGGUUGUUUAAAGAAGAUAUACUUAAAAGAAAUGUAAAGGCUUCGUUGUUCUUGAAGUUCCAGUCACUUAGGCUUGGAGUAAAUUCUAUUAUUGCCUUGUCAACUGCUUUGCAAGGGAGUAAUAUUGAGAAGUUGAGUUUAGCUGAUAAUUCAAUCUCUGAUUUUGGAAUGCAUGCUAUAAAGACUAUUAUUAAUAAUACGAGAAUAAGUUACCUAAACAUUGCAUCAAAUAUGAUCAGUGGGGAUGGUCUUGAGUGCAUCCUUGAAGAUCUUAUUAAAAAUGUCUACCUUAAACACCUUGAUAUCGGAGUUGUUGAAGGAUCUAUCCGUAAGAACUCAUUAGGGAUCCAAGGAGCCAUUUGUGUAUCAGCCUUACUCAUCAGGAAUAAAACUCUAGAAGCUCUAUGUCUUGAUGAUAAUGACUUAGGAGCAGAUGGGGGAGAAUGUCUUGGAAUCGCACUUGCGCAGAAUGAUAAGAUCAAAACUUUCAAAGUUUCUGAAAAUGAUUUAAAGUCUGAAGGAGCUAUCCCGAUCAUUAAGAGUUCGAAUCAUCUAGAGGUUUUGAAUCUUUCAAAGAACUUUUUAAAGAGUGAUGUUGGAAAAUCUUUAUCUAAACUUUUAAAGAAUACAAAAUGUCUAAAGAAGCUGUACCUUGAGUAUAAUGAGCUGAUGGUUGAAGGAACUGAUAAAAUCUCAAGAGGACUGAAGGAGAACAACACACUUGAACUUCUUAAUAUUAAAGGAAAUAUUAUAGGAGAUGAUGGCUCUGUCUUUCUUGCUAAAGCACUUGUUGGAAAUAAAUCUUUGAAAGAACUAGAUAUCUCAUUAAAUGAAAUAGGACCACUGGGAUUCCAAGCUAUAUGUGAAGUUCUCUCAACAACUAAAAUCGAGAUAUUUACAUGUAAUAAAAACUUUCUUGGGGAUGAAAUGCUUGCUCAGUUUUCUAACUUAUUAUCUGACGAAGCAAAUCCUUCAAGCAUCAAGAAAUUUGACUUUUCUUCAUGCCGGCUCAAUGAUACAGGGCUUUUAUACCUAAUAAACGCAAUCCAACAUAACAAAACUAUUUCCCAUAUGAAAUUGGUAGAUAAUUUCUUCAGUGAAAAUAUUGAAGCAAUUCUUUUACAAACUCUCAACAAGAAUACUUCUCUCAUUGAUAUUCAGUUGCAGAGGAACAGGUUAUCUCACUCAUGCCUCUCCAAGGUCAAGAAGAUCUCUGUUCGUAACAAAUGAAUCAUUGAAGAAGACGAACCUAAUAAACUUAAGAAAGAGAUCUAUAGGCUUAGAUAUGAGCAUGAUAAGUUAGAGCAAGCCAGACAACAACUGAAUAACCAGAAAAAUGAAAUUGAGAAGAUCAAAUCUUACAAGAAGGAACUUCUAGACCAGAUCCAUCGUCACAAAGAGAACGAAGACAUGAAAAGAGAAAGACUCAACAAGUACAUUGAAGAGCAAAAGAAGGUUAUUAAAGAGAAAGAAGCCCAGACUGCGAAGAAGAAUGAAGAGAUCCAGACCAUGGAGGCUGAGUUCAAUGAGAAACUAGAGGAGAUGAAGAGAGUGUAUAACGAAGAGAACAAAUAAAAAGAUCGAACUGAGUGAUGAGCUAGAUAGGGUUAAGAAGGAACUAGAUAAGGUCCAGGAUGAAUAUCCCAAGCAAAUCUCGGACCUGAAGAAGAAGAUAACAGAUGCAAAAGAUCAGACUGAGGAAUAUGAGAAGAAAACACAGGUGCUUAGUGAUGAGCUUAAUAAGCUGAAGGCUCAAAAGCAAGCUUUGGAAGAAGGCAAGUCAUAGAUUUUUGAAAAUUUCAAUUUGAAUUAAA